AUGACAUCUGCUGCAGGGACCAGCUACACCUUGAUUCCCAACCAGAAAUACAGACGCAGUAACCGUCGCUCCAGACAGCGCUGCAACAUCUUGGACACAGAUUCCCAAUCUCUGUCAACACUUGGAUAUUUUAAAACACUUCCAUUAGAGAUCUUUCAAAUGGUACUGAAUUAUCUUUCAGUGAAGGAUAUCAGCAUGCUGAGCAUCGUGUCGAAAACCAUCAGCAACCGCCUUAUUAAUUACAUCUCAACCCCAUCAGGAAACCGAAGGCUCUUACCGCAAGACUUUCAUAACCUUGAGCUACCUGGCAAGAGAGAAGGAUCCUAUAUUUUAGAGCACUACAAAUCUCUAGGAUUGUUGCUUAAAAGAUGCACACUUCUACUGCCUACAAAAGAUAGGCUAAAGUAUAUACACAAGAUUCUCUCAGAAGUUUCCUGUUUUAAACUUAAUGGGUGUCCAAGUCCUUUACAUUGUUUAGGACUACAGUGCUAUGGGGUAUUUUUACAG